AUGUCACUAGAAUCGCAGCAGAAGCGCAUUCUAAAGCGCCUUGCGGGGCCUCUCUUCCCCGACCCGACACCCAAAUGGACGGACAUCGGCGACGAUACGAGAAAAGAAAUAUUGAAGGAACUGCUAGCACGUCUGCGUGCAUCGCAAAACACGGGAAUCGCGGAUAUCAUUGAAGGAAACCCAGACUUGGGUUGGGCUUGCUUGCAAGAGAAGGUGAGGUCUCUGCGAUGGACUCAGAAAAAGAAGAGCAUUGCCUCCUACCACACUCGGACAAUAUGCGCGGGUGGGAAGCGCCUGAUCCACCGGCGAGAGAACUGGCGCCCUGCGAGCUUCCAUUCACUGCGAAUCGCGCUGUCCUUCUCAACCGCCCGCAAGAUGUCUCUCAUCAGUGUCACGAAGUGCUUUGUUUUCGCGGCACGCCUGACCAUCAAGUCCAUGAUGAACUUGGCAGGCCUCCCCCCCGAACAUCUCGGAAGGAGCUGA